AUGUUAAUCAUGCGAUCCGAUACCUCAACCACGAGCGAGGUGGUAUGGCACCAGAAGCUAAUCCACCUUGAUGCUUUUUGCGUUGGAUGGGCACUAGUCCCAGUAACUCUAGAAGAUACAACUAUCAACAUCAUGCGUGGCGCUCUGGAUCAUGCCGUCAGCCAAGCAGCUCUGCAUCGUGAUGGACGAAUUGCAAGCAAGUAG